CAUUUAUGUGUUCGGCUUUACUUUAAGGAACCUCUGGAAUGACCACAGGCAGUAUGUCUGUCCUUGUAAAUGUUCUGCUCAUGGGCUUCCUGCUGCACGGUGCCAUUUGCGAGGACUUUAGUGUCUCUCUGCCACAACAACUGGAGGCUGUGCGUGGAUCCUGUUUGACAAUACCCUGCUCCUUUACAGUACAGGAUGAUCAUGAAAUAAACUUGAACAGUGGGUGUAGAGCAGUAUGGAAGGAUGCAACGAGCACUGAAGUAGAAUUUACACGUCCAAUAACAGAAGACUUAACCCAGAAGAACUGCACUACAACAGUGUAUGACAUCACUGAGCAGCAGGGACAACAAGUUUACUUCAGAGUGGAAUGUGAAAAUGCCCUAAAGUGGACAUUUAAGGAUAAAAACCUGCACAUUAAAAUUAGAGAAACCCCGCCUACACCCAUACUGACUCCGUCCACUGUGAGUGUGAGUGAGGGGCAGUCAGUGAGUGUGCAGUGCUCUGCUCCUGUCCCGUGUCUGUCUCUCCCUCCCACUUUGACAUGGAGCCCUGUCCUGGGGCACAUUCAGGAGACUCUGCAGGAGCAACCGGACAAGACCUAUGUUACAGUGUCCACUCUCAGCUUCACUGCUUCUGAGCCAAAAACAAGCCUAUCAUGCUUUGCAAUCUACAACAGGGAAGAUGGGACUACAGUUUCAAGUGCUGUUGCAACAGCUCAGAUCAUGUGUGACCAGUGUCCUAAAUUUAGUGUCUCUCUACCACCAAAUAUAAAGCCUCUGCAAGGAUCAUGUGUGACAAUACCCUGUUCUUUUCAAGUUGAGAACAAAUUUAAAACCAACUUGGACAGUGGGUGUAAAGCUGCAUGGAAAGAUAUCAGUGACAAUACAUAUUUCAAUACAGGUCAGAUGGGAAAUUUGACUCAGAAAAACUGCUCCACAACUUUCCAUGACAUUGGUCCUCAACACAAUCAAAACUAUUUCUUCAGACUGGAAUGUAACAAUCCACUGAAAUAUACAUUUAAAGAGGCAGGCGUGAAUAUACAAGUCACAGAAGCCCCUCCCACACCCACACUUACUCCACCCACUGUGAGUGUGAGUGAGGGGCAGUCAGUGAGUGUGCAGUGCUCUGCUCCUGUCCCGUGUCUGUCUCUCCCUCCCACUCUGACAUGGAGCCCUGUCCUGGGGCACAUUCAGGAGACUCUGCAGGAGCAACUGGACAAGACCUAUGUAAAAGUGUCCACUCUCAGCUUCACUGCUUCUCACCUGCAUGAUAAGAAAAACAUAACAUGCUCUGCAGUGUACAGCAAAGAAGACAGCUCUCUGUCUCUUACGAGUGUGCAGAUUAUGUCUUUUGUUACGUAUCAACCAAGAAACACCAGCAUAAGUCCCACUGGUCCAGUGACAGAACACAGUAAUAUGUCACUGAGCUGCAGCAGUGAUGCCAACCCAGCUGUACAGCACUACCACUGGUAUAAAGCUGAUGGAGGAACUCACACUCUGAUGGGAAACUCAUCUGUUUUAAACAUGAAAGCCUCCAGAGAUACUACUGCUAUUUUCUGUGAGACUCAGAAUGAACUUGGGACUGAUAACUCCACCAUCACUUUUUUAACCAUCCAGUAUCCACCUAGAAAUACAACAGUGACACUUACCCCUGCUGGUCCAGUGACAGAACACAGUAAUAUCACAUUAAACUGCAGCAGUGAUGCCAACCCAAGUGUCUUUCACUGGUAUAAAGCUGAUGGAGGAACUCACACUCUGAUCGGAAACUCAUCUGUAUUAAACACAAAAGCCUCCAGAGAUACUACUGCUAUUUUCUGUGAGGUUCAGAAUCAUCUGGGAACUGAUCGUUCUGUUGUCAAACAGCUGGACGUACAAUUCCCUGCACAGAUCCUAAGCUCUUCAAACUGCUCUGGAGACUCAGCCCAGAUGAGCUGUGUGUGUGAGACUGAGGGGAAUCCCUUUCCCCUGAUACAGUGGAGCUUUCCAGGAGUCUCUCCAAACAUCUCCAUCAGCAGUGAGCCUCUGAGUGACAAAGCUCUAAAAAGUGUCAUCACUGUUAUUAAACCUCAGUGGAGCGAUCAAGUCACUUUGGUCUGUCACAGCAGAAACUCUCUGGGAUCUGACACACAGAGUUUUAGUGCUCAUGCACUCAACUGGCAAGAUCGGCCCAAAAACACCAGAGUGACAGUGAGUCCCUCUGGUCCAGUGACAGAACACAGUAAUAUGUCACUGAGCUGCAGCAGUGAUGCCAACCCAGCUGUACAGCACUACCACUGGUAUAAAGCUGAUGGAGGAACUCACACUCUGAUGGGAAACUCAUCUGUUUUAAACAUGAAAGCCUCCAGAGAUACUACUGCUAUUUUCUGUGAGGCUCAGAAUGAACUUGGGAUCGAUCACUCUUCCAUCAUUGAGCUGGAUGUACAGUAUCCACCCCAAAACACCACAGUCACAGUGCACCCUAGUGGUCCAGUGGAGGAAUAUAGUCAUGUGACUUUAACCUGCCACAGUGAAGCCAACCCAGCUGUAAAGCAUUACCACUGGUAUAAAGAUGAUAAUGGAACUUACACUCUGAUUGGACACUCAGCGGUGUUAAACAUUACAGCCUCUAAAGAUACAACUAGAAUUUUGUGUGAAACUCUGAAUGAUCUUGGAACUGAUCACUCCUCUCUCACUCAAAUUAAUGUCAUAUACAAACCAAGAAACACCAGAGUGACAGUGAGUCCCUCUGGUCCAGUGACAGAACACAGUAAUAUGUCACUGAGCUGCAGCAGUGAUGCCAACCCAGCUGUACAGCACUACCACUGGUAUAAAGUUGAUGGAGGAACUCACACUCUGAUCGGAAAGUCAUCUGUUUUAAACAUGAAAGCCUCCAGAGAUACUACUGCUAUUUUCUGUGAGGCUCAGAAUGAACUUGGGGCCGAUCACUCCUCCAUCUUUGACCUGGAUGUACAGUAUCUACCCCAAAACACCACAGUCACCGUGCACCCUAGUGGUCCAGUGGAGGAAUAUAGUCAUGUGACUUUAACCUGCCACAGUGAAGCCAACCCAGCUGUAAAGCAUUACCACUGGUAUAAAGAUGAUAAUGGAACUUACACUCUGAUUGGACACUCAGUGGUGGUAAACAUUAUAGCCUCUAAAGAAACAACCACAGUUUUCUGUGAAACUCAGAAUGAUCUUGGAACUGACCGCUCUUCUGUCACUCAACUGCCAGUCAAAUACAAACCUAGAAACACCACAGUGACAGUGAGUCCCUCUGGUCCAGUGACAGAACACAGUAAUAUGUCACUGAGCUGCAGCAGUGAUGCCAACCCAGCUGUACAGCACUACCACUGGUAUAAAGUUGAUGGAGGAACUCACACUCUGAUCGGAAACUCAUCUGUUUUAAACAUGAAAGCCUCCAGAGAUACUACUGCUAUUUUCUGUGAGGCUCAGAAUGAACUUGGAAAUGAUCACACUACUGUCACUGACCUGGAUAUACAGUUCCCUUCACAGAUCAUGAGCUUUUUAAACUGCUCUGGAAACUCAGCCCAGAUGAGCUGUGUGUGUGAGACUGAGGGGAACCCCUUUCCCCUGAUACAGUGGAGCUUUCCAGGAGUCUCUCCAAACAUCUCCAUCAGCAGUGAGCCUCUGAGUGACAAAGCUCUAAGAAGUGUCAUCUCUGUACCUCAGUGGAGUGAUCCAGUCACUUUGGUCUGUCACAGCAGCAACUCUCUGGGAUCUGACUCACAGAGUUUCAGUGCUCACACACUCCACUAUCAACCCCUAAAAACCAGAGUGACAGUGAGUCCCUCUGGUCCAGUGACAGAACACAGUAAUAUGUCACUGAGCUGCAGCAGUGAUGCCAACCCAGCUGUACAGCACUACCACUGGUAUAAAGCUGAUGGAGGAACUCACACUCUGAUCGGAAACUCAUCUGCUUUAAACAUGAAAGCCUCCAGAGAUACUACUGCUAUUUUCUGUGAAGCUCAGAACGAACUUGGGGCCGAUCACUCCUCCAUAUAUGAGCUUGAUGUACAGUAUCCGCCCCAAAACACCACAGUCACAGUGCAUCCUAGUGGUCCAGUGGAGGAAUAUAGUCAUGUGACUUUAACCUGCCACAGUGAAGCCAAUCCAGCUGUAAAGCAUUACCACUGGUAUAAAGAUGAUAAUGGAACUUACACUCUGAUUGGACACUCAGCGGUGUUAAACAUUACAGCCUCUAAAAACACAACUAGAGUUUUCUGUGAAACUCAGAAUGAUCUUGGAACUGAUCACUCCCCUCUGACUCAACUGCCUGUCAAAUAUAAACCAGGAAACACCAGAGUAACAGUGAGUCCCUCUGGUCCAGUGACAGAACACAGUAAUAUGUCACUGAGCUGCAGCAGUGAUGCCAACCCAGGUGUACAGCACUACCACUGGUAUAAAGCUGAUGGAGGAACUCACACUCUGAUCGGAAACUCAUCUGUUUUAAACAUUAAGGCCUCCAGAGAUACUACUGCUAUUUUCUGUGAGGCUCAGAAUGAACUUGGGACUGAUAAUUAUACUGUCACUGAGCUACAAAUACAGUAUAAACCCCAAAACACCACAGUCACAGUGCACCCUAGUGGUCCAGUGGAGGAAUAUAGUCAUGUGACUUUAACCUGCCACAGUGAAGCCAACCCAGCUGUAAAGCAUUACCACUGGUAUAAAGAUGAUAAUGGAACCUACACUCUGAUUGGACACUCAGCGGUGUUAAACAUUACAGCCUCUAAAGAUACAACUAGACUUUUGUGUGAAACUCUGAAUGAUCUUGGAACUGAUCACUCCCCUCCCACUCAACUGCCUGUCAAAUACAAACCAAGAAACACCAGAGUGACAGUGAGUCCCUCAGGUCCAGUGACAGAACACAGUAAUAUGUCACUGAGCUGCAGCAGUGAUGCCAACCCAGCUGUACAGCACUACCACUGGUAUAAAGCUGAUGGAGGAACUCACACUCUGAUCGGAAACUCAUCUGUUUUAAACAUGAAAGCCUCCAGAGAUACUACUGCUAUUUUCUGUGAAGCUCAGAAUGAACUUGGGGCUGAUAAAUCCACUGUCACUGAGCUACACAUACAGUUCCCUGCACAGAUCCUGAGCUCUUCAAACUGCUCUGGAGACUCAGCCCGGAUGAGCUGUGUGUGUGAGACUGAGGGGAACCCCUUUCCCCUGAUACAGUGGAGUUUGCCUGAAAUAUCCUCCAACCACUCCAUCAGCAGUGAGCCUCUGAGUGACAAAGCUCUAAGAAGUGUCAUCACUGUUAUUAAACCUCAGUGGAGAGAUCCCGUCACUUUGGUCUGUCACAGCAGCAACUCUCUGGGAUCUGACAGACGGCAACUUGAUACACAAGCAUUUCAACCAGUAUUUCAACAAGCGGGAGUUGGAAAGGCUGUGAUAAAUCCAUUUCUUGUGGCCAUUAUUUUGAUUCUACUGGCUCUGAUGGCUGUACUGCUGUAUGUUAUCAGAACUCAAAAUGUUCGUCUAAAUAAGCGUCAGUCUUCUGAUGUGGCCUUGGACCAGAUAACACAGUCAGAGGUGUUGUCUGAGUAUGUCAGUGCAAAGGAGAUGACAGCAGAAGAGCAGUCAGAGCAGAGCACCAAACAGUAAUGAAGGGCAUGUCCUGGCACACAUCCACCAUGUAGCUCCUGUUUGGAGGAGCAGAGGAGCAUUGUGGGAAACAGAGGCAUGUUUAGUGUCUCUGAAAAGCUGGCAGAAUAUGAAUAUGCCCAAGUUAAAUUUAAAGUGCAUGUGACAAGUUUAUAUACUUUCAUAUUAUUAGGCCUACUUGGUUUUGGUAGGAAUAUUAUAGUUUUACCUCUACCCCUACCUAUACCUCUACCUAUGUCCUCAACACGGAAAAUUUGAUCGAAAAUACAGGGACAAUAUACAACAGGGACAGUUUAAACAUUCAUUUAACCAAAUAAAGGUGUUAUUUUUAUUAGUUUAAUCAUAACUAUUGUGUAAAUUAGACAAGAUUUGGCCCUUGUUUACUGAAUAUU